GCGGCUAUAUGGGCUGUUUGAUGCGGAAGUAAGCGAUCGGCAAUGUUCAGCACUUAUUUUCAAAGUAGUGGUUAGCCGUAAACCUUAUCGGCGAGACAGUCUUAUGCGGUGCACAGCGGCUGGAAGACUACAACACUAUCCUGCCACUGGAAAAUGGCAGCUCCCAGAAGCAGGCUAUUUCCUUUCUGAGUCCUUGUUUGCCAUGUGAUCACCUGCUAGUGAAGCAGUGUAUACCAUCUCCAAGAAGACUGUUGAAUCAAGGAGAGCAAAGAAAGUUAUGAUGGAGACAUCCCAUGGACAGCGAAUUAGUCGAAACCAAUCUGAUGAUUCCAACAGUGAUGACCAGGACCCACUACUCCCUAGUGAUGAUUCCAUACAGAAUCUUUAUGCCUCCAGGCAGAAACCUCAAGACGAUUUCUCCAUAGUUUAUGCUGUCUUCUUCCUCUUGGGUGUGGGUUCUUUGUUGCCUUGGAACUUUUUCGUUACUGCCAAACAUUACUGGACGUACAAACUCAACAGUGGCUCUGGGCCGAGCUCAUCAGAUUUUAGCAAUUACUUUGAAGGUUACCUCUCAAUUGCAUCCACUGUGCCAUCUGUUAUAUGCCUGAUUCUCAACUUCCUUCUUGUGAACAAGGUCUCCCCAACUGUCCGUGUACUGAGCUCUCUGUCUGUAAUGCUUGCCAUUUUCAUAAUCACAACUGUGUUUGUGAAGGUUGAUACCUCAGCUGUGACAAAGGAAUUUUUUGUGGCCACCUUAGUGUGUGUGGCCUGUGUUAGUGGAGCCUCCACUGUAUUCACAGGAAGUGUAUUUGGAGUGACGGGUCGAUUCCCUAUGCGAAUUUCGCAGGCACUAAUCUCGGGUCAGGCCAUGGGUGGUACGCUUAGCGCUGUGGCAUCUAUAAUAGAUCUGGCUGCUGGCAAUGACAUCACUGACAGUGCAUUGGCAUAUUUUUUAACAGCAGAUAUUUUUAUCGUUCUGUGUAUCAUCGCUUACUUGCUGUUGAACCGUCUUGCAUACUCCAGGUAUUACAUGGCUGGCACUGGAUCUCUUAACCUCCUGCAGUAUGAAGUGAUACAUGCUGGUAGUGGGGCCGAAGAACAUCUUGGAACGAAUUCCAUCCCUCCGCUACAGCCAAUUUUAAAGAAGACAGCCAUUUUAGGAUCCUGUGUGUUUUAUGUAUUCUUUAUUUCCAUCAUUGUGUUCCCGGCUAUCUUAUCAGGUAUUGAGUCGGUGCACAAGAACAGUGGCAGCCCUUGGACCACGACUUACUUUACUCCACUUACCACCUUUCUCCUCUACAACAUGGCUGACUUUUGUGGACGGCAGAUUACAGUUUGGAUCCAAUUCCCCGGGCCGAAGAGCAAACUUUUGCCAGGAGCGGUGCUGCUCCGUACCAUCUUUGUGCCACUUUUCAUGUACUGUAACUAUCAGCCACGCAAUCACAUCAAGACAGUGGUAUUCACUACAGAUGUCUAUCCCAUAAUUUUUACCUCCUUCCUGGGUCUCUCAAAUGGUUAUCUGGGGACUUUGCCAAUGAUCUAUGGACCAAAAGUUGUCCACCGGGAUCUGGCUGAAGCGGCCGGUGUGGUCAUGUCUUUCUUUUUAAUGUUGGGACUGGCAGUCGGAGCUGCAUUUUCAGUUAUCAUUGUGCAUUAUAUCUAAAAAUGGCAGAAAGCAUUAAGGCCACAACUUUAAAAAAGAGAAAAUGCUAAAAACAUUAGACUCUUAACAUGCUGCGUUCAUGUAGCACUUUGGAUUUUAAGCCUGUGGUUUCAAUUUUAACAGUGAACUCAUCCAAGCAGGAUGAAAUACUAUCUGGGAUACCCUCCAGAGGACAAAUACAUGUCACCCUUUUAUUUGCUCAGGUUUUUAAUUUUGGUGUAUUUUAGACAGCCAAAGGGCUGCUUAAAUCAUGUCUUAAAGACUUAUUUUAAUUAAGUGCCUUCUUUUGUGGGGUUGGAACCUGGAAAUACAUCAGCCGCUCAUUUGCUUUCAUUCAGGUUUAUUUCCUUCUGGUAUCUGUUGGCUUGUCAAACUGAAUGUAUGACAUAUUCUAGUAAUUUACCACCUUUACUUGACCAUCGGAUGACCUUUCUUCAUAGUGGCCAAUUUAAUUAAAGACAGAUUCUUGUUUUAGUAA